GUGCUUGCGGCUUUCCAUACCGCUCUGCCUGCUGGCACUUGGCAUCAGACAGGCGGUGAAACGCAGCGUCAAACCGUAAAAACUUAACAUUUCUGGGUCAGAAAAAUGAGCCGAAGUUACAACGAUGAGCUGCAGUACCUGGAUAAAAUCACCAGUAACUGCUGGAGGAUUAAAAAGGGAUUUGUUCCCAACAUGAGGGUUGAAGGGAAUUUCUACGUCAACGAUUCUCUGGAGAAGCUGAUGUUUGAGGAGCUUCGUAACGCCUGUCGAGGAGGAGGUGUGGGCGGUUUCCUUCCAGCCAUGAAGCAGAUCGGGAACGUGGCGGCGCUGCCCGGGAUCAUACAUAGAUCCAUCGGCCUCCCAGACGUCCACUCUGGAUAUGGGUUUGCUAUCGGAAACAUGGCGGCCUUCGACAUGAAUGACCCUGAGGCUGUGGUGUCUCCAGGGGGCGUCGGCUUCGACAUCAACUGUGGCGUCCGUCUCCUGAGGACAAACCUGGACGAGCGUGACGUGCAGCCGGUGAAGGAGCAGCUGGCCCAGUCCCUGUUCAACCACAUCCCAGUGGGAGUCGGGUCUAAGGGAGUCAUCCCCAUGGGGGCCAAGGACCUGGAGGAGGCUCUGGAGAUGGGGGUGGACUGGUCUCUGAGGGAAGGCUACGCCUGGGCCGAGGACAAGGAGCACUGCGAGGAGUACGGCAGGAUGCUGCAGGCCGACCCCAACAAGGUCUCCUCCAAGGCCAAGAAGAGAGGCCUGCCCCAGCUGGGGACUCUGGGAGCGGGAAACCACUACGCUGAGAUCCAGGUGGUGGACGAGAUCUACAACGACUAUGCCGCCAAGAAGAUGGGCAUCGACCACAAAGGCCAGGUGUGUGUGAUGAUCCACAGUGGCAGCAGAGGCCUGGGACACCAGGUGGCCACAGAUGCUCUUGUUGCCAUGGAGAAGGCGAUGAAGAGGGAUAAGAUCAUAGUGAACGACCGUCAGCUGGCGUGCGCCCGCAUUACCUCGCAGGAGGGUCAGGACUACCUGAAGGGGAUGGCUGCCGCCGGAAACUACGCCUGGGUCAACCGCUCGUCCAUGACCUUCCUCACCAGACAGGCGUUCUCUGAGGUCUUCAGCACCACGCCGGACGACCUGGACAUGCACAUCAUCUACGACGUCUCGCACAACAUCGCCAAGGUUGAAGAACACAUGGUGGACGGGAAACAGAAGACUCUGCUGAUUCACCGCAAAGGAUCCACCCGAGCUUUCCCCCCACACCACCCCCUCAUCCCUGUAGACUACCAGCUCACAGGUCAGCCGGUGUUGAUCGGAGGGACGAUGGGAACCUGCAGUUAUGUCCUAACGGGGACGGAGCAGGGGAUGACGGAGACGUUCGGUACCACCUGUCACGGAGCGGGUCGCGCUCUCUCUCGAGCGAAGUCCCGCAGGAACCUGGACUUCCAGGACGUUCUGGACAAACUGGCCGACCAGGGCAUCGCCAUCCGAGUGGCCUCACCCAAACUGGUCAUGGAGGAGGCUCCUGAAUCGUACAAAAACGUGACGGACGUCGUCAACACGUGUCACGACGCUGGGAUCAGUAAGAAGGCGAUCAAACUGAGACCCAUCGCUGUGAUUAAAGGCUGAAGCUGCACAGAUCUUUAUUUAAAGACAAUUUACAACAAACAAAAGGACAUGAAGACAAAAAAAACUCAAGACGCAAAAUCCACUGGAAUCUUUAAAAACAGAAGAUAUUUGCUCAAAUUUUUUUUUUUUUUGGAAUUUAUGUUGGAGAGCAUGAAAUACACUAAUAAGAAAAUAAUUGAUUGAACAUUUUAUUUUCCUGUUUAUGCCAAAUCUGUGGUCCAAAUAAAGGUGAUCACUGAAAACUGAAGUUCAUCUAAUAUUCUCCAUUACAGCUCCUUUAUGUGACGUCACUGCAGAUUUAUGUUUGAACAUCAUUUUCUCCCAAAUUCAUCAACAUCAAGUUUCUCCUUAAUAGAUAAACUGUUUGUCUGUCUUUUCUACUUGGUUGUUUUUAUCACUGAAGUUUUCAAUGAAAUUCAACACUUCCUGCAGAAGUUUCACAUUAAAAGGGAAAGAUUAGACUCUUAGCCACUUGAAUGCUUUUAAUUUGAACAGCUUAACAGCGACUGAAAGAAGAAGUCACAGUUUAAGUUUCAGGCUUCACCUUUGUGGUUUGCUAGGUUGUAUUGUUUUCUACUUUGCUGUUUUGUUGGGAGAACUUUGGGUGGGUGGGGGGAUUUGUAAUGUUUUUUUCUUCCUCUUUGUGUAAUUAUGAACUUACAGAACAAAGUAAACAGUGAUUCACAUGAUCUCCCCCUUUUAAUUGACAAAAGCUUGAAAAAAAUAAAACAGCAAAGUAGAAGUGA